AUUACUUGUAAAUCAAUGAAUACUUUCAGUUAGAGCACUAUUACACGAGGCUGUGAAAAGGUAGAACACAUGAAUGGAAGACCAGAAGAUAUCACUUGGACAUGUUGACUGUUAUAGAUUAGCAACAUUGCACAGAAGGUGUUGGGCAAAAUAAAACAAAUGGAAGAAAAGUACCUCUACUUAGAACCAAGUCAAAAUACAAUGUGAAGAUAUUUUCGGUAUUUUGUGAGAAUUAAGGUGAUAUCUGAACAGAUCAACUCAGUCACUUACUCCUUCAUUGGUUCAUCUCCAAACUUACUUCCUAUGGAAGGAGGAAAUAAUAUCUACACAGGCUCACCCGAUUCUCCUCAUUUUUCUCGUCGAAUUUCUCGUCUCUCUGAUGUAGAUGACAUAAAACGUGACCUCAGCAAUAUAACCGAUGACUCUAAUGAUGACAGCUACCCACUGGCUCAUAUCAACCCUGUUUUUUCUUCGCCUUCGAACAGCAUUGAUUCUGGCUUCCAGUCUCCUUCCAUUGAGUGUUUAUCAUUAUCUUUUUCUCCAGACAUCUCUCUCUCCUCAAACCAUACUUCAUCUUCUCAAAGAAAAGAUUAUCACAAAUCAACAAUAAAUGGUAGCACUCAAUAUCCAAAACAGGAGCUUGAUAUUAAUUUCGCUUCACCAGAGGGAAAUGUCUCUUCUUGGACUACAAAGACUCCGUCAACUUCAUUUAUUGAACUCUCACUUAACGAUUCCAGUUCCUGGAAGAACAAUGUUGUCCCAUUGGCUGACCCUACUCCAAUGCAAUGUUCAACUCCCCUAUUACCACGUAACUUGAAAAUCUUAGCAACCCCUCCAGUCACAAGCUGUUCAACAAACAAUGUGGAAUUUAUUUUAAAUUCUCAAAGCUUCCAGUUAUCUUCGUUGUCCUCUUCUACAACUUCUACAACCAAUUCUGUUGGACUGUCACUUUCCAAACCGAAGGAACUUGUAAUAGAAAUUCUAAAACCCGUUUCCUUCUCUGAGGCUCAAAUAUCACCACUUGCUCCCACAGCCUCAUCUUUCCAGACUGCUACAUUGAAUAACCAACCUAAAAUCCAGACUAAACCUGGAGAAAAACUGAACCAGACUGAAAAGACAUCAAAUCCACAGACUUUGGGUAGCAGCCAGUUCAACAAGCGACCUCCAUUCUCUUAUGUGAAGUUAAUAGAAAAUGCACUUAACAGUCGUCAUGAUAAACGCAUGACCUUAAAAGAAAUCUACCGAUGGAUUGAAACCAACUAUCCUUAUUACAGCAACACUACAAAGCUUGGAUGGAAGAAUUCAAUUCGCCAUGAUUUAUCUACCAACAAAUGUUUCGUUCGAGAACCAACUCGUUACUAUGGUUCUCACUGGAAAUUGGUUUCAACUGCUAAAGACACGGUUUCGUCAUCAUCGUCAUCAUCGUCAUUGUUGUCAUCAUCAUCAUCAUCAUCGUCUUCAUCAUCAACGUUAUCAACAGCAACUUCGUUGUCAUUACCAUCAUCAGUGUUAACAUCAUAUUCAUCACCCUCAUUAUCAUCUGUUGCCACAGGUUCAAAGUAUAAACCUCAGUCUCCUGUUGUUAAUACUAUGAGCAGUAUACCAUCUGUGAUUUCUUCAGGAACUCAUCCGAAAUUAUCUAUUAACAGUCAAACAAAAGCUAAUACUAGACGUAAAGAGCCUCCUUUGAUCUUACCUCGCCCUAAUGUAGCACCUCAAGCUUAUGCCUUAAUUCCCAUACACACCAAUAAUCUGACACUUCAGAAUCCCUCGACUAUGUCUACUCCUCUUAUUAUCCAAUUACCAACAAUUUCAACUACAAAUCCAGUCAAAAACUGUACAGGUAAUUUAAUGUCAAGCACUGAAAUUCCAACUUCACAAAGGUAUCCUCUUACUUCCACACCAAUUUUACCAGCAUCAAAUAAUCACCAAAUUUCAGUAAAAGAUCUUUUAUUGUUUGAUCAAAAUUCUCUCAGCAAAUCUCAAAACUUGGCUGAAGAACACCUACAGUCUUUACCUCAAGAAACGGCUGAGCAACAUAGCAGCAAACGUUUGUGUCUUAAAGCAAAUAUGAAUUUGAACACAACCACAAAGAAAUCUUUACUCUCAGAUCAUCAUUUUCAGGAGCAGAAACCUCCAGCUAAUAAGAAGAAUCGGCGUAAACAGAAAUUUGUUUUGAAGGAAAUGAAUCCACUAGACUCCUCCGUUAUAGAAGAUUCAUUUUCAUUGAACAAGGAACUAAGGCCUAAAGUGGUACAAUCUAUUUCGAACACCAGUUUAGACAUAAUGUCUUCUUCUUUACCUCUUACUCAAAAACCAUCUGUAACCUCAGUGCCAAACAUUUGUGACAGUUCUUUAGACAGUGGUUUCCCAGAAUUAACUGAGGAAGAGGACCAAACAUUUUUAUCCAAUUUAGAUUCAAAUUCAAUUUACUCUCGUAGAAAACCUAAUAUAUUGUCAAGGAAGUCAUUGUCACAGAAUAACUUUACUACCAAACAAGAUGGUCCUGAAAAGUUAUCAUCUAUGUUUUCGACAAGCACAAGCAGUAGCAUUCUUGAAUCUGACUUUGGCAAUUUAUUUGAUAUUUCGUCUGCCUCUUGCAAUAAUCUGGAUACCAACAAAGGUGAUUUACAUGACCAAUUAAAAGUCAGUGAUUGUGUUGAAACUAUUUCCUGGGAUGACUGUCAUUUUAUGUAGCGUAAAUAAUUAGAAAAACUCAAUGUAGUAUUCUGAAUGUGAUGACUAUAGUCCAAGAUAUACAUUUUACUUUCAUGUUAUAUCCAUCCAUCCAUCCAUCAUUGAAGGAACAAAAAUCCAGUUAAUUUUUCUUUAUAUCAAAAUUUGUUUUGACUGCUUGUUAUGGACAAUUAUAAUUCUUUAUAGGUCAGAUUAAGUUAAUAAGCCUAAUGCAACCAUAACAUUUAUGCUGCCUAUCUACUUAUUGAUAAAGGGUCAGAUUAGAUUUCUUAUGAUGUUGGCCUGAAAUGCUGGCUAAGGAGAAGACAUAAUAAAUCAAUCUGUUAAGAUAUCUUGUAUGUUUGUGUCAGUGUCUGUUGUUUGGGAGUAAGUUCUGAUAUGGAGGAAGGAGUAUGGCAUCAUUCUUCCAAAGACAUGACAAGUAUUGCCUUCAAAUUUAUUUCUGUAACUUUUACAAUUUCUAAUAGUGAUGGAAUUUCUUUGCAAACGCUCCUUGUUUAGAGGAAAUUGAGGAAAAUGUUGAAAGUUUGAAGCUAUAAGAAAAAUUCAUGUUAUAAAGUGAAAUUGAAUAUAAUUAUAUUAAAAUAGUUAUAAUUCUGUAUUAUUCAAACACACUAUGAUAUUCUAAUGUAAUUAACGAAUAUGAUGUAUUUGAAAAAUAUUUUUUCCAAUAUAAAAUGAGAAAAUAUUUUUCUGCAAAAUGAUACUAUAGAUAUUACUCUCUUUAUGUUGUAAAGUAUUUGAUUUUAAUAGAUGAUUAUAGCAUUGUAUAUAUCACUAAUUUUUAUGAAUUAAUUUAGCUGGUGAUCUUAUUGAUUUAAUUAUACUCUUAUUCUUUGAGAAUUUAUUAAUGGCUGGCAGGUUGUGUAUGACAACGAAAUGAGAAUGGGUUAUGUUUUUCUUUCUUCCUUAAAUGAAAACUUCAUAAGUGCAAAAGCUGGAGUUGACAUCAACUGCUAAAGAGUCUCUUGUUUUCAGAAUCACUAUGCGGAAGGAAAACAUUAAAAAAUUAAUUUUAAUAUGUUAAUUCAAAGCUGAUUCAGAUAUGCAUCAAACUGUAUAUUAUACUAUGUACUUUGCAGUACUAUAUAGUAUCAUUCUAUUUAUUAUAUCUCCUAGCUCUUCAAUUCUGACUGAAGAUUCCUCUUGGUCAAAUAUUCAAAACCACAUUUUAUAUCUUUUCUCUGAGAGUGAUUAUUUCAAAGAGAGCAUUUCUAUUUCCUGGAAACAGAAAUGCUAUUUUGAUUGCAAGUUAGUUUGAAACGCUUGAAUGUUUUAACAGUUUUUGGUUGAUGGAUAUCUUCAGGCAAGUUUCUUUUUUCAUGCAUGGCUGCGUGGUAUGAAGUUUGGUUCCCAGUCACAUAGUUUUGGUUUCAGACCUACUGUGUAGCACAUUAGGCUACUGUCUUCUACCAUAGACCCAGGCCAACCAAAGAUUUGGUAGACAGAAAAUGAAAGAAGUCCAUCAUAUAUGUUUGUGUGUGUGUGCUUGAAAUUGUCCUGCACCACCACUUAACAACCAUUAUUGGUUUGUUAUUUAUU